GAUAUUUUUGCUACUCUGUGAAUAAAGCUGGUAACAACACUUCUCUCCAGCAUGUCUUCUGACAGUUAAGAGUUGUAUUUAAUCACAGUUUGACCAGUAAGUGACUUUGCGCUCCAGCAAUAGUCUCUACCCUCCACCCAGCAUGGACGAAAACACUUUAAAACUGCUGGUGAAGCUCACUCAGGAGGGACAGUGCGGCUCUCUGGAGGAACAUAUAACAUCAGGCGGCUCGGCGGCAGUGCAGGCUGUCUGCUGCAAACACUUCGGCCGGUCUGGAGACACUUUGCUGCACUACGCUGCCAGACUCGGACACCUGGAUAUUGUGGAGUAUCUGAUAAAGCGGGUAGGCAUGGAUGUGGAGGUGUACAACAACGACUACAAGAGGCCGUUGCAUGAAGCUGCGUCCAUGAGCCACCAGGCCUGUGUGAGCUACCUGCUGCGGGAAGGAGCCAAGGUGGACAGUCUCAAGAAGGCUGACUGGACUCCUCUGAUGAUGGCCUGCACUCGGAGGAACCUCGACGUGAUCCAGGAGCUGCUGUGCCACGGCGCCGACCCCGCGCUGAGAAACAAAGACGGCUGGAACUCCUUCCACAUCGCCUGCAGAGAGGGCGAUCCUCUGGUCAUACACCACCUGCUUCUCAUCGCGCCGGACGUCUGGAAGACGGAGAGCGGGACGCGCAGGACGCCGCUGCACACUGCAGCGAUGCACGGCUGUGAGGAGGUUGUUAGGAUCUUGCUGGAGAGAUGUGGCUACACCCCAGACGUUAGAGACAGCUGUGGAGUCACUCCUUUCAUGGACGCUGUGAGGAACGGACACCUCUCAGUGGCCAGACUGCUUUUAGAGGAGCACCAGGCAUCUCCAACAGCAGCUGACGUACUCGGCACUCAACCGGUGCACCAGGUCGCUGUCACCGGCCAGGACGAGGCGCUGCGGUUCCUGGUGAGGGACCUCAAUGUAGACGUGAACCAGAGAGCGACCGGCAUCCAGCUCACUGCCCUGCAUUACGCUGCCAAGGAGGGUCACACGUCCACUAUAAAAACACUGCUAGAGUUGGGAGCGGAUCUUCAUGCUCGGGACAAAAAGGGAAGAACUGCUCUUCACAUGGCUUCCAUCGGGCAGCACGCAGACGCUGCCAGAACGCUUCUGCAGCUCGGACUCAAAGACUCAGAGGACACAUCUGGCAUAACAGCACGGCAGCACGCCAAGAGACCAGACCUAGUGCGAGUAUUCGAAUGUGGCUCGUCAGACAGGAACAGUUAGUAUAAAACAGUGAUAUAAAAACAGUGAUUUGCAGUGGGUUAUGUAUUAUUAAUUUAAUAGAAGUGAGGAAAAUAACCUGAAACGUGUCAUGGGACUGCGGUUGAUCAUUUCAGAUGGUGUGGGUGGAUUACAAUAACACUUGUGUGGAGUUGUGCAGUGUAUUCCUAAGAAGUGGGGGUAUUAGUCACAUGACUUGUGUAACUCCUGAAAGAACAAAACAUUCUUCCUCAUACAAAUAAAAUGCUGAAUUCAUAAAAAAUCUGCAAGCAAAACAAUUCUCAGCGUCUGGUAUGAAAACAUGCUUACAGUGGCUGAUAAUAGUUAAUAUUAACAAACUUUAGAGAGAUAUUGCUCUUUAACUGAUGUAAUUGAGUCAGUUUGCUGACUUUAUGACUUCCACUUGUCUUAUCAUCAUCAUGUAACUGCAACUCAUGGCGACAGCUCAACAAAAGUUACAUCAUCUGGCUUUAAAGUUCUGUUUUAUUUACACGAGACCUGAGCUGGGUUCUAGUGACUUGAGACUCGACUUGGACUACAGACCUUUUAAUCGCGUUUGUGGCGACGAGACCGAUCACAUCGACCCUUGUACGUAUGCAUCAUUUUUUUCCUGGGAUCGCUAUGCAGUGAGGUUGUGAGACGUGAUUGGACACGUUGAAGAUAAGAACACCUGCUUGCCUGCACGCUUGCUUGGAUGUCUGCUAGGCUGCAAUAUCACAAAACAAGACCCACGCUUUAAACUCAGCAACCAUCUCUGAUAGUUCCAUGUACUUUGUGGCUGGCUGAUGUGUCUUACUUGGUUUGAAAAUACUGUUGGUAAUAACUAGUGUAUGCAUGUAAGUGUGUAUGAAAUAAACUUUGAUUUGAAUGAA